AUGAAUUCCCCGGUGAACCUCUCCCUGAACUCUGUGUACUCUGGGCACCUGUGGAACGGUCCCUUCUCCGACAGCAGCCAGUCCAGUUGGCCCUUGCUCUGGCGGGCAUUGAACCCCCAGGCUGUGGAGCUGGAGGGGUUGGAGGCUCCAGAUGACGACGAUGAUGAGAGGGUUUUUUCUCCCACCUCAGCUCCACGUCCAGGCCAGGGCAACCAGAGCAAGACCCAGGGCAACCAUAGCAGCAUCAAGGAGGACGACCAUCUACCACAGGGGGUGUGCCGCUCUUUUCUGAUUGGCCAAAGAGUCGCCAUUGUCCCGGGUGUAAUGUCCUAG